UUGAACCGUUUGACAGUCGCGAGACCGGAGGCUGCUGAAAACAGAGGACGAUUGAAGCUUUUCAUUUUUGAAACAGAAAAGUGUUGCACUUGGUAUGAUGAACAGGCAGGAGGAAUCAUGGGAAAAGCUUGAUUUAGAGUUGGAUCACUAUAUGGUGGACAUGAAGCGUUACUUCAAUAAACUCUCAAACAAGUCAGAACAACAACGAUGUACCCUCUGGAUUAAGAAGCUUUGUGAAUGCUGUGGCCCAGACUCUGGAGUCUUGGACAGAAAAAAUCGAAAUCUGUAUGCCAGACUUCUUUUGCUAAUGCUUCAAAGAGGGCAGCUGGAGAGUCCUUUCACUGCCAGGCCUAAGCCUGGCCCGCUAGAGAGACUGCCUGCUUACAAGUCCAUCUACUUUGAUGUGCCAAUGCAUACCGGUGCAGCACAACAGGACAGAGCAGACCUGACCGACUGGGAAAUGGGUGAAACCGACACCAGGCCUAAGGACUUGCUGGCUGAGUUUUCCUCUCCACUCUCUCCUCUAAGCAGGAGGAGACGUGCACACAGUGAGAAGCUACCAGUGCAACCACGGACAUUUACCUCUGAACGUCGGCCCAUUGAUGGAAACCAAAUCACCUUUAAGAGUAAUGAUCGGCGAAAAGACAUCCUGAGUUCAUCUGAUGACAGCGACGUGGAAACUCGCCUCAACAGCUGGAACCUUGGGAUUGAAAACCCCAGGUAUCUGAGGGAGAACCCCAUUGGUCUGUCUCCAAUUUCCAUGAGGACAAGUCUGGGAAAAAUGAGCACCUUCUGUGAGGACCCCUCCUCUUUCCACAUACAAGAUAAAGAGAUUGAGAUGAACACUAAAUUGCUGGAAGCAAAGUUUCAUGAGGAGAAGCUAAAACUGGAACAGAAGCAUGACGCUGAUGUGAAGAAGAUUAUAGACAGAAAGAACAGUGAAAUUGAAGCACUCAAGAACUAUUACAGGACCAAGCAGGCCGAGGCUGAGGAAACCAACAAGUCACUGGAGAAGAGAAUUAAAAGCCUAGUUCAGGAGUCAAAGGUCUUCAGGGAGAGCAAAGAUCAGCAGAUUUCAGAGCUGAAGAAAAUUGCGGAUGAAAGCGUGGAUUCUGUAAAGAAUGAAUGGGAGAAGAAGCUGCACAAUGCUGUCACCAAGCUGGAGAUGGAGAGAUUUGAUCUUCAGAAGAAACAUGCAGAAAACAUUCAUGAGCUUCUUGAAGACACCAACUCGCGGCUCAGCAGGAUGGAAGCAGAGCAUGCUGCCCAGACAAAAGCCACAGACCUGAUAGUGAAGGAGCUGGAGGCUCGGGUCCAACAGCUGACAGUGGAAGUUGAAAAUGGCAAUUUGCUGCGUCAGAAGCUGACCCAAGAGAAGGCCGAGCUGGAAAUUCUCCACCGAACGGGUGUCGCAGAAUUGACACAGAUGAAAGAAAGGUGCUCUGAGCUGCAGAAAGAAAAGGAAAAUUUGUCUGAAGAGUAUGAGAUGAACAUUCAGGCAAUGCAGGUCAAGCAAGCAUCCGAUAUCACCUUCUUAAAGCAGGAAUAUACACUUUCAGCAGGAAAGAGUGCAGAGCUGAUUGACACUUUGGAGCAGGCCAUGACUGAACUGAAACAGAAGGUGCAGGAGGCAGAACAACGGCGACUGCAGCAACUGAAGGAACAAGAAAUGUGCUUUCAGAAGGAGAAAGCCAAUCUGGAACUGCUUAACGAGACGAAGAUUCAAUCCUUGCAGAUUGAGGCUGAAAAGGAGAGGGAGAAUUCCAGGAAGAUGAUUAAUUCCCUGGAGGAGAGUUUAAGGGAGAAGGAGGAACAAUUCCAAAGGGAAGCACAACAAACUGAAGCUACCAUAGAGCAGUUCAGGAAGCAAAUGCAGCAGAACACAGAGAAAGUGUAUGCCGAAAUGAAACAGCAGAUGGCGAAAGUUGAAGCAGACCUAAGCAGAUCCAAAUCUUUGCGUGAGAAACAGUCAAAAGAGUUUGACAAGCAGCUUGAAGACCAAAGGCAAAGAUACGAGCAGCAGAUUACGGAGCUGAAAGUGAAUCAGGAGCAUGAGAAGUCAGAAUAUUUUCAGAAGCACAACGCCGUGAAAGAUCUUCUGGUGCAAGGCCAUGAGCAAGAGAUUGAGAAGCUGGAGAAAGAGCAGCGGGCAGUGAUGGCACAGCACGAAGAACAGAUGCAGGAGUGGCGGCAGCGCAGCAACCAGACCAUUGCUGAGCUGAAAGGCCAAGUUCACCAGCUUCGGGAGGAGAUGUUUCAAGAAAAGUCACAAAGCAAGCAACAGCUACGUGAGUUAAGCCGACAACAUGAGGAAGAAAGGCAAAAAACAGCCAAGGAGCAUGAAGCUACCAUUAAGAAGUUAGAACGCACCAGGUUGGACUUGCAACAAACACAUGCCUUGGAAAUUGAGCAAGCGCUUGAUAAGGCCAACAACAGGAUAAAAGAAGUCGAGAGAGAGAGUGGCCAGAAGCUGGUGAGGUCAUCAGAAACUAUUGCUGAGCUCCAGACAGCACUGGCCAGUGCCCUCGAGGACCUGUCUCGUCAGCAGAUGUCUGCCGAGCAGCGGUUUCAUGAAGCCAAAAAACAGUUUGAUGCUGAAAAGAAGCAGUUUCAAAGAGAACAUGAGAAGAAAAGUAAGGGUGAGUGGGUGCGCCAGUUAGUCCGGUGCCAACCCCCUCUAUACAAAGCUGGCCAAGUGGAAUGGAGCCAUCCACCUCUGGCAGAGGAGCCUAAUAGUAACAGAGGACGGAGCAGACCCUUAGAUGACGCUGCCUGUUUCAGCUCCAUAGAUGGAGUAGCCCAAGUUGAGAAAUCUGCCAUGCUGGUCCAGAAGUGCCAAAUGCCAGGGCAAGACACUAAAACUGAAGAGGUAGAAAAGCCUCUGGGUGCAGCUGUCCAUCUGAAAUACAGCAGUCCAAAUGGCCGGCUCACUGGACCCUCGUCGAAACCCCCAGACAACAGCAUCUCACCUGCCUACCCAGACCAGCCCGAUGCCAACCUCCACACUGGCCCAGGAUCAAACUCGAUGUAA